GUGGCAAUGGAGUUUCAACCCCACCAUCAACUCAAUGUCAAUUUCCUUCCGUUUCCAACACCGGGCCAUAUGAACCCCAUGAUAGACACAGCAAGGCUAUUUGCCAAGAAUGGUGUUAGUGUUACAAUUAUCACUACACAAGCUAAUGCUUUGACAUUCCAAAAAGUCAUAGACGCUGACUUCAUCUCUGGAUAUCCAAUCAGAACUAAAGUAAUUCAAUUCCCUGCAGCCCAAGUUGGUCUACCUGAUGGAAUUGAAAACAUCAAAGAUUGCACUUCCCCAGAAAUGCUUGGCAAAAUCACUCAUGGAAUGUUGAUGCUCAAAGAUCAAAUUGAGCUUCUGUUUCAGGAUCUGCAACCGGAUUGUAUAGUGACCGACAUGUCUUAUCCUUGGACAGUGGAAUCUGCUGAAAAACUAGGUAUUCCAAGGCUUUACUUUUAUAGCUCAAGCUAUUUCUCCAACUGUGCGAGUUCUUCUAUAAGGAAAUAUAGACCUCAUGAAAGCUUAGUCUCUGAUAACCAGACGUUUACAAUUCCUGGUUUUCCUGAUAACAUAGAGAUGACCAAGCUGCAGCUGGCAGAAUGGAUAAGGACUAAGAGUUCUGCCUCAGGCUAUUUUGAAGCAAUGUUUGAAUCAGAGGGCAGAAGCUAUGGGGCACUGUACAAUAGUUUUCAAGAACUUGAAAGUGAUUAUGUGCAACUUCAUAAGAGCAUAAAGGGGAUCAAAUCUUGGAGUGUAGGACCAGUUUCAGCUUGGGUUAAUAGGGAUGGUGGAGAAAAAAAGGCAAAUGAUGGACACAGCCAAGAACUUGCACUUGCAAAAGAGCCAGAGUGGCUAAAUUGGCUUAACUCAAAGCAAAAUGAGUCUGUGUUAUAUGUAAGUUUUGGAAGCCUGACCAGGCUCCCUCAUGCUCAGCUUGUUGAACUUGCUCACGGGCUUGAAAAUUCUGGUCAUAAUUUUAUCUUGGUAAUUAGGAAAAUAGAUGGAGAUAAAGAUGGAGACAAUUUCUUGCAAGAGUUUGAGAACAGGAUGAAAGAGAGCAAGAAGGGUUACAUCAUAUGGAAUUGGGCACCACAGUUGCUCAUAUUGGACCACCCUGCCAUAGGAGGAAUUGUGACUCAUUGUGGUUGGAACUCCAUUCUUGAAAGCUUGUGUGCUGGUUUGCCAAUGAUCACAUGGCCUAUGUUUGCUGAGCAAUUUUACAAUGAGAAAUUGCUAGUUGAUGUCUUGAAGAUUGGAGUCCCAGUGGGAUCAAAAGAAAACAAGUUUUGGGCCAGCAUUGGUGAGGAUCCAAUUGUGAGAAGGGAAGAGAUUGCGAAGGCUGUGGUACGGUUCAUGGGAAGAGAAGAAGAGAGCAGAGAAAUGAGGAGGAGAGCAAGAGAACUUGGUGAUGCUGCCAAGAAGACUAUAGAGGAGGGUGGAUCCUCAUACAACAACUUGAUGCAAUUGAUAGAUGAGCUAAAAUCAUUAAAGAUAUCAAGAGCACUUGAGAAAAACAAACUAGAUAAUUGA